UCGUUAGCUCCAGUGCCAUGCUCGUUCUUACGAUAAUUGUUUAUACUUUGGAAGGCAAGUCUUAAACAAAACGGGGUCCACGGGGGACUUUGGGUUAGAUAUGGUCAACCUGCCUUAACUGUCACAUCAGGAGACAAAAUCUUCCUCACACUGUGUUGAUAUUUGCGAUUCACUGGACAGGACUACUUUAAUGUUGUAUAGUGGGCUCUAAGAAGCUACACUGGGCAAUGAAUGGUUCUCGGGCCAAUAUGCAAUUACAAUAUAAUAUAAGUUUGAGCACUGAGAGCAAUAUCACGACCAAUGACGCGAGUGGGGCGUAUGUAACUUCAGGGAACAACCAAGCUACGCACAGCAUUGACGCUAUCCUUGGACUGAAGGUACGGAAUAGCCACGAGAAUAGGCCCACCAUGAGCAUGGGAAGUAAUGGUAACGCGCUCUGCCUGUCUUCAGACCCUGAUGAAGAUGGCAGGAGAGAUAGCCGGCUUCAAGAGGAUGACAUCAUGGAUGACGAUAAGAUGAUGGACAAGAGUUUGAACCAAGAGUCGCUGGAUGGUGCCAAUAAUUCGAGCGGAGAAGACGAACAACCUAAAAAGAAACACAGAAGAAAUCGAACCACAUUCACGACAUAUCAGCUCCAUGAGCUGGAGAGGGCUUUUGAGAAGUCACAUUACCCGGAUGUUUACAGUCGGGAGGAAUUGGCCAAUAAGGUGCAAUUGCCAGAGGUCAGAGUUCAGGUAUGGUUCCAAAACAGACGGGCAAAAUGGCGGCGUCAGGAAAAGCUAGAGAGCAGCGCCUUAAAGAUAAACGAAAACUAUCCCAUGAGUUCCCUUUCACCAAGAAGCGGAAGUGGUUUGAGUUCGGGACUUCCGCUUGACCCAUGGAUGACGCCACCUAUCGCCAACUCCUCGAAUAACAUUCCGUCAUUUUUGACAUCAGUAUCCUCAGGGUAUCCGAAUGCGUACUUUCCCACAACGAGUAGUGCCGGUGCCAUAAGUCCGACAAUGCAGCAGUCAAUGUCGAUACCGGUCAGCAGUCCCGCAGUGACAGUGGGUCAAAAAUUCGACGAGAACGACCCAAGGAAUACGAGUAUCGCAUCAUUGCGUAUAAAGGCACGGGAACACAUGGAAACAUUACACAGACUAUUCCCUGGCCAGUACAAUCAAAUGGUUUUUGCCGAUAAACUAAAGACAAAUUUUGCAAUCUGAGCAAAAAAUGGCAUUCAUCUUCAUAUAAUAGGGCAUGAACACGGGACUAAUGCAAUUAUUUCGAGCCCACAUUCAGGAUAAAAUAUCUGGUUUUGAAAUCGUGCAAAACAUUUUAUCUUUGACGAUUUUCAGAGAUUACUGAUGAGAUGAGCAUUUGGAAUCUUUCUACAAAGAGAAUACACAGCUGUUGUCCCUCUAAAUGAGAAACGACAAUGUCACUUCUGCGGAAAGAAGAAGCGAUUAUUACAAGCUUUGCUGGGCCGACAUAUGUCUCAAUAUCUAACUGCGAUUAGAACUUCUUGAUUCAGAUGGAUGUUUGUAUUGCAAGUGUAAUGAUAAAACCCCCCAAUAAAGGCUGCCACUGCAUACAAAUACACUAAAGACUGUAUGAGUGUGGCUGUCAUUGCUGUACCUUAGCAUUCAUAGAUCCUUUACCAAUUCAGUAUAAUAUGUGAAUGUGCUAAUCAAAUCUAUCUUGCCAUUACGCUGGCCCGGGUACGCUGGUUCCAUUGUCCUCCGCUAGGCGCUGUUUAAAGUUCAGGUUCAAAUGGCUAUCAUACUUUCCAGUAAUCUAAUGGAAUGAAAGGCUUGGCGAAAUAUCAAAUCUCACCAACUUUAAAUAUACGCAUUAAUACCUUAUAACUAUGAAUUCACGCGAAGUGCGGACACAGAUCCUCAAAACAGCGCCUAUCGCAGCAUCAUGGAACUAAGGGUACUGCGCACAGCUAGUUUUUAGCAGGGAAUGCAAAUCGAUGACGAAUAGAAAUAAACUUUAGGUGAUGAUCGUGUAGGUUUAUGUACCAGUACAUGUACAUACAUGUACAUAAAAUAUGAUUCAAAGUUGUAAAUAGUUGAUAAUCAAGACGACAAGAUCCUCGUUACUAGUAGGAAUUUGAUGAUUCACUGGCACUAGCAUGACUACGACUGGGAUAUGACACGAUUCUGUACAUUUGUUAUGAUGACGUCCGAAACGAACUCAAUUUAGAAUGAACUGAAUGUGAUCGUUUCGCAGUCAGAUUUGACUCGGCAAAGCUCAGUUUGGAAAACUGCUUCCGCACGUUUUAAAACUGACGAUGAAUCUCAUAUUCUAAUUCGAAAUGCCACAAGAUAACAUAAUUUCACAGUUUUUUGAAACAUUGAUGAUGCAAUGGACGAUGGCAGGCUAGAUCACAAUAAUUCGUGCGGUGCAUCGGCUGUAACAUGGGAUUGUCACUAUAUGUACUUGAACGGAUAAAGCUGCCCGAUUGCCUGUGAAACGGUGUGUGUCCACUAGUUCGUCCUCACCGCCUUCAGUAUACAAAACAUAUCAAUCCAUCCUUAUAUUACUUUGUUGGUGCGGUGGUAAAUGGAGUAGAUGAAGAAGAAUAUGGUUUAGGUUAGGUACAUUUUAAAGUGUGCUUUUGUCUGGUACAACGUUAUAUCAUUGUACAAGGUACAUGUACAAUGUACAUGUGCAUAAUAGUAAUUACGGGAUUUUUUUGUGUUUUCGUAGAGUUUGAUGAUUUGAAAAAUUGGUAGACGAAAAAGGUUAAGGUGACAACAUCUUGCAAAAUCUUAACUUCAGUUUGGCGCAUUAGAAAUAUGCCUUAUAUAUUUUGGUGCAUUGUAUGUUUAACUUCAUCAAUAAAUACGUUGUUUAAAGCCUGAAUGCAACUUGGUUCGAGAGCAUGCUGACUGAGCAUAUCUCGGCGACACUCUCCAGAACAGAAAUGUUUCCUGACAUGGCUGUUCUGGGAGAUACCACGACCCUGUACAGUGUAUGUGUGAUGUAUUGUAAUAUUUCAUGUUAAAAAUACA